AAGGCUGACUUUUGUGGGAGGUGAAUGCGGGAGACAUAAAAGGUAUAUGCGUGUCCUCUUGAGGGAGUGUAUGGAGAAGGAGGGUGUGUUUUUUGCGUGCAUGGGGGAGAGAGCAAGAGAGAGAGAGUUUUCUUCUUCUCAGUGGUUCCUCGCUCUCCUGACACCAGCGGUCUGCUUUCCCUCCACGGCUGGACAGUGAAACUCCAAACAGGUUGCGGCAGCCAUGUUGACGAUGUGCUUGAGACUGCUUUUGCUGCUCCCCUUGGUCUGCUGUGUCCCCUCCCUCUCCAAGUCGCCUUCCAAACUGUGCAGACGGUGCUGUGACCAACCGGAGCCUUCGGCUGAUACGCCCCAGUAUCAGAUGCCUGAAGUCCGAACCGUCAUCAACAUGACCAUCCUCAAAGGUGAUAAAGGAGACAAAGGAGACAAAGGUACACCCGGAAAACCUGGUGUGGAUGGCCCACCCGGCUACCGAGGACCUAUGGGUCCUAAAGGCAGCAAAGGCCAGGCAGGUGCCCCUGGAGACGCCUGCAAGAUCCCUCAGUCUUCAUUCUCGGUGGGACGACGCAAGUCUCUGCACAGUGUGGAAUACUACCAGGCGCUGGUGUUCGACACGGUGUUCGUCAACCUCCACGAGCACUUCAACAUGUUCAAAGGGAAGUUCUACUGCUACGUGCCCGGGAUCUACUUCUUCAACAUCAACAUCCACACCUGGAACUUUAAGGAGACCUACCUGCACCUCAUGCACAACGACAAGGAGCAGGUGAUCCUCUACGCCCAGCCCAGCGAGAGGUCUAUCAUGCAGAGUCAGAGCGUCAUGAUGAACCUGGCUCUGAAUGACGAGGUCUGGGUGCGCCUCUAUAAACGGGAGAGGGAGAACGCCAUAUACAGUGAUGAUGUGGAUGUUUACAUCACCUUUAAUGGAUACCUGGUGGCACCUAGCAUCCAGUGAGAGCAUGUCAGAGGGGCUGGGCCGUAGGGUUUUUGCCCAGAAAGAAGAACUAAAUAGAGGACAUUAUACGUUUGGUGCUUUUUAAAAAAUUCCUUCUAGCCUGGGGAGGAAAAUGUGCUGUUUUUUUAUUUCGUUUAAUGAUGUAUGGCCAAAAACAUUUGAAAUUAACAAUGAAAUUAACUGUAACACAGCGCACAUUUAGGAAAAAAAUGUUCCUUUGCACUCAGAAUAGGCUACAGUUAUGUAAAAGUUUUUUUUUCCUACUUCUAAGCGGUGCUGCUGGAUUACUCCUUUCAGGGACUUUGUGGGAAAAAAAAAACACUUAUCAGGAAUUGUAAAUCUGUGCAAUCCGUUUUAUACGGCAUUUGCAACGUGGUGCUUCUGAACAUAACCUGUCAGAUUGGAACGUGUGGGAACAGACUGCCGUCAUACCGUUUGAACAAAUGUUUCCUUUGUGCCUUUAAGAAAAAAAUAAAUAACAUAAAAACAUAAAUAAAAAAAAGAAUGUUAAAGGUCAGUUCAUCCAGAACGCAAACAAAAGAGCACCCCACUUAGCCCUGACGCCGUGUGGUUAUGCAGACAUAUCAGCGAACGUCAUUCAAGACCUUGGAGUUUGCACAACACUAAGCAAACUGGAGCCAGGUUCAAAAGAAAAGAUGAAGAGGGGAGGGACUGUACAGAAAGAUUCUCCUUGUUGGAAAGAGCUGAAAGAAGAGCUCUUCAGAAAGUUGCUAUCCUUUGCCAGUAUACGGCCUAAUUGACCACAGAUUUUUUUUAAUAGUUGGUGGAGCACAGUAUGUUGCUAUAUUCCUAGUGUAUUUAGAAUAUACUGUAUAGUUUAAGUCUUUACAUUGGCUCCAAAGAUAUUAUGAGAGUAGUAUGUAAUCACUGCCUUCUGACACUGAACACUGACAGCAAAUCAAAAUGCCGUUUAUCAUUUAAAUCCCCUUUUGGAUCUGGUUGACUUUUGGUCCGUUGGGAACAAUUCUGCUUGUGCUCGAGUUCCCUUCAGAUCAAGUCUCUCUCUGUUUUUUUUUUUCUUCUUCAAUGAAUAUAUACACAUUCGUUUCAGAGCUUUCCAAUGUUUUUAAUCAGCGCAGAAAUCUUCAUGUUUUUGAAGAUGUCCUUAUUUGUCCCACCUUUACAGGAUGACACUCAUGAAACCCUCUCUCAAAAGGCAAUGACGGUGACAGUUAUUUAAGCUUAAGUUUAAGUUAAGUUUAAAACUAUGAUGGAAAAGGUGCACAGCUAAGCAACUGUUCCUCCUCAGUGUGUUGCAUACACAUGUGCAUCUCCAUUACUGAACCUUGAAUCUCCUCAUGCACAAAUCUCUAUCUCUGUACAAGAAAACAUAUCUAUAGAAAUGAGCUUAAUUUUGCUUGUGGCGCUUAAAGUAUUGUGAACGCAGGCACACAGCAUGUUUCGCAUUUUUGAUGAACUGACCGUGUAAACAUAUCCCACAUAUCAAAAUAAAAACCUAAGGUGCUCUAUUAUGAAAUGCAGGAACGCAUCAGGAUUUUGGCAAUCGCUCUUACUGAGACUUCAAACUGCAGAGCAGUUUAUGUAAAUAGCUGUAUAUUAGCCAUCUUUCUUAGCUUUAAUAUGCGGUUGGGGUUGGACUGUGUAUUUGUGUGUUUACAUUGUAAAGAAUAUUUCCUCCUUCGCUAACCAACGCCCUGUCUCAAAUCAUGUUGUUCCAUACAGACAGUAGCAGAACAUGCGCUGUUGUGUGUGUUGGAACGGUCAGCUCUACGUACGCGUGCAGUUAGCAUCAGCUCCGUAGGUCGGCUGGUAUCAUCAUUUCACCAAGGCGGCAUAUACGUGAUUUGAGUCUCUUUGUUUUGUAUCACUGAGCAACACUUGGUUAUAUGAAAUUAAAGUUUUUUUGUAAUUUCAAA